AUGAUUGAUGCCAGGAAAUCUAUACCAGAAGGUAACAAGUACGAUGGUGCGCGCAAAUCGUUCGAACGCCAAGUAAUGAACAGCCUAGGGGACCGAAGCUCCGGGAAAUGGAGAAGACUUCUGCUACCGGAAAUAGGUAUGCCCUAUACCAACCGAUACGAUCGGCUGGUCCUAGGGUUAUGUGCUUUUGAACCUCAGAUUGUUGCUGCUACGGUUGGCCCUCAGGGUUUUCAGGUGUUCUGUACAGUAUGGCCUCACUCCUGCCCAAAAAUCAAGGCGACUUCGCCAAACGAGAAUAUUGGGAUAAAUUCUUCAGCUCACGAAAGUCCACCUUCGAAUGGUUCUGUCCUCGUUGACUGCUUUAAUUUGACUGUUCCGUUUCAGAUGCGUAAGCGUCACUGUCAGUCUCCCGCUGGUAAUCGCCUGCGAUAUGAAUGCAUGGAUGUGCUUAAGCUAACUGAUUGCCUAGAAGCGAAGAAGUUGAAUCUGUUUACUUGUGUCAUUGACAAGGGAACCUUGGACGCAAUCCACUCAGGAGAUCAAUCGGAGCGAACCGUUCGAUGCAUGUUCGAUAACAUUCGCUCUGUUUUGAAAAUGAUGGCUCGAUAUAUCAUUAUAACUUUGGCUCAAGAACAUAUCAUCGAAAGUGUCUGCACUUAUUUCCUUCGAGAAUCAAAUGAAUGGUUAGUUAACUGCCAUCAGCUGACAAGCAACAGACCCGGUGAGCGGGACAGUACCGGCGACGGUGUAUUUGCUCUUCCUGUGUAUGGUUUCGUCUUUACCAAAUUGAUGUCAUCUCCUGACUUACCGCGAGUUUCUGUAUAUCCACUCGAUUCUCCUAACCCCCAAUGUCUUGGUGGUGGUGAACGGCACGUCCAUCAGCUUGAGCAUCAGCUACGCAGCUGGAUAAACCAGGAGCAACACUGCAGCUUACUCAGGCACAACAUAAGCUCCGGUGACCAGACGUCAUUUCGUUUCACCUGUCCCCGAACUGGGCUUACUGCAUUCUACUGUACGGUCGUGCGGUCUGCAGCUGCGGUUCGUAAACACUCCAAGCGUCAUGCAUCCCAUGGACAUUCGAUGAAGGCGAUCGAAGCUGUUUUUCUCGUCCCCUUUGGUCAGCACAGACGCUCUGUCUAUUCUGAUGACUCUGAGCGUCGGUCUCUAUGUCGCUCUGCAAAUGUCUCUUCUCUACUUGUUGCACUGGUUAAUCCACGCUUCUUUCAACCGGAUUUGGAUUCCUUAAAGGAACAGUUAUCGACUGUACUACGCGUACUGCAUUUCGAAUCCCCUGAAGGCCACUCUAAGUCCCCAAUUUUGAGUACUCCGGACAGUUACCUGCGACGCCAACUGUUCCCCGUCAGUUGUGAGGGUAAACCAGAGCGCUACUCCUUAGAUGAGCUUGAAAUUCACGGUGUGAAUGAUGGGAAAAUUCACAAACUGAGGCGCAUAGUCUAUGCCUCUUCCGAUAUGCGACCAGUUGUGACUACCAAUGCCGCUUCUGUCGGGCUACUCGAUACACUUCCACCACGCGACCUUCAUCUUCUAGCAUGGAAUAAACUUGUUCUGACGGCCAAUGGAUUGUACUUCGGUACUCCUCCAGUCGUGAGCUCCGAUAGCUCCCAACUUCUCCACGCGAUUCCAGUUGGAGAUGUUGACGAUUCGAACUUUCUGGAAAUGUUUUCCCACUUAUAUCCGGAUUCACGGUCAAAAAUAAAUUGGAUUACAUCGCUCGGCGAGCUUGUAGCAGCUGAGCAGUACGACGCCAUUUUCUAUGAUCCGCUGGCUGUGAGUCGUGCAGCUUACAGGUCGCUUUUUACGGAAGACGCUUUGAAGGCAUUCUUGAACUGCUGCUGUACACAUAUGCACCCAAAAGGAUUCCUGAUCGUUGUCAUGGAAUCCGUGGAUGACAAUUCAGGACUGGACCACAUAGAUGUUUGCGGGACGUUGACCAGCAAUGGCGAGCUUUGUUGUGUACUAAAUUACACAGUUCCCGAUACCGUCAUGGACGACCCUUCUACAACCAUAUGUAUUUUCCGACUUGCUUCCUAUUCCCGAGAACUGGCGACUGCUGAAUUAACCAGUCGAAUAGCACUUCAUCGAACAGAAUCGGAACAAAGCAACCAUAUACUUUCUAAAACCUUUGAAGAAUCUGACAAUCAAAGGGAAAUUAGUUCCCCCCAAUUGUAA